AGACGCCCACAGCCCCGGAAGCAGAAAGCUCUGGCGGGUCCCACAUCCCUCCGAGCCGGAGGCCACAGUGUCUCUUUCAGCCAUCUUGGAUCUGAGCUCCUGACACACAAUGCCUGGUGAAGCCACAGAAACCGUUCCAGCAACGGAACAAGAGAUGCAGCAGCCUCAGGCAGAGACAGCCUCGGGGGAAGUUAGCGGCUCUCCAACCCCAGUGACAGAAUCAACUGAAACGAUUAAAGAGGCCGCCACAGAGAGCCCUCCUGAGGGGGCCAGCCCUGAGGGGGCGAGCGAGGCUGCCCAGACUGAGGCAGAUUCAGGCUCUGCUGCCCCGGCUCUCACUGCCCAGGAGCCUUCAGCCUCGGGGGAAGUGAGCUGCUCCUCCGCUCCAGUGACGGAAGCAACUGAAACGACUAAAGAGGCCGGCACAGAGAGCCCUCCUGAGGGGGCCAGCCCUGAGGGGGUGAGCGAGGCUGCCCAGACUGAGGCAGAUUCAGGCCCUGCCGCCCCGGCUCUGACUGCCCAGGAGCCUUCAGCCUCGGGGGAAGUGAGCUGCUCCUCCGCUCCAGUGACGGAAGCAACUGAAACGACUAAAGAGGCCGGCACAGAGAGCCCUCCUGAGGGGGCCAGCCCUGAGGGGGCGAGCGAGGCUGCCCAGACUGAGGCAGAUUCAGGCUCUGCUGCCCCGGCUCUCACUGCCCAGGAGCCUUCAGCCUCGGGGGAAGUGAGCUGCUCCUCCGCUCCAGUGACGGAAGCAACUGAAACGACUAAAGAGGCCGGCACAGAGAGCCCUCCUGAGGGGGCGAGCGAGGCUGCCCAGACUGAGGCAGAUUCAGGCCCUGCCGCCCCGGCUCUGACUGCCCAGGAGCCUUCAGCCUCGGGGGAAGUGAGCUGCUCCUCCGCUCCAGUGACGGAAGCAACUGUAACGACUAAAGAGGCCGCCGAGGGGGACCCUCCUGAGGGGGCGAGCGAGGCUGCCCAGACCGAGGCAGAUUCAGGCCCUGCUGCCCCGGCUCUGACUGCCCAGGAGCCUUCAGCCUCGGGGGAAGUUAGCGGCUCUCCAACCCCAGUGACAGAAUCAACUGAAACGAUUAAAGAGGCCGCCACAGAGAGCCCUCCUGAGGGGACCAGCCCUGAGGGGGUGAGCGAGGCUGCCCAGACUGAGGCAGAUUCAGGCCCUGCCGCCCCGGCUCUGACUGCCCAGGAGCCUUCAGCCUCGGGGGAAGUGAGCUGCUCCUCCGCUCCAGUGACGGAAGCAACUGAAACGACUAAAGAGGCCGCCGAGGGGGACCCUCCUGAGGGGGCGAGCGAGGCUGCCCAGACUGAGGCAGAUUCAGGCCCUGCCGCCCCGGCUCUGACUGCCCAGGAGCCUUCAGCCUCGGGGGAAGUGAGCUGCUCCUCCGCUCCAGUGACGGAAGCAACUGAAACGACUAAAGAGGCCGGCACAGAGAGCCCUCCUGAGGGAGCCAGCCCUGAGGGGGCGAGCGAGGCUGCCCAAACUGAGGCAGAUUCAGGCCCUGCCGCCCCGGCUCUGACUGCCCAGGAGCCUUCAGCCUCAGGGGAAGUUAGCGGCUCUCCAACCCCAGUGACAGAAUCAACUGAAACGAUUAAAGAGGCCGGCACAGAGAGCCCUCCUGAGGGGACCAGCCCUGAGGGGGUGAGCGAGGCUGCCCAGACUGAGGCAGAUUCAGGCCCUGCUGCCCCGGCUCUGACUGCCCAGGAGCCUUCAGCCUCGGGGGAAGUGAGCUGCUCCUCCGCUCCAGUGACGGAAGCAACUGAAACGACUAAAGAGGCCGGCACAGAGAGCCCUCCUGAGGGGGCCAGCCCUGAGGGGGCGAGCGAGGCUGCCCAGACUGAGGCAGAUUCAGGCCCUGCCGCCCCGGCUCUCACUGCCCAGGAGCCUUCAGCUGCUCCUCCCUCUGGCUCCUCUGCUGCUUCCAAGAAAGCCUCUGCCACUCCUCCUCGCUCUGUAACUGCUAACACUUCUGCCGGCCCAAAAGCUAAAAAAGCAAAAGGAAAUAAGUCUACUCCUUCUCCUCUGCCUUCCUCCAAUCCUGUGCCUGUCGCCAAACCGAACUCUCCGUCCCUGUCUGCUUCUGACUCGUCUCCAUCCUCCUCGAAAUCUGCCUCCCUUCCUCGCUCUACACCCCCCUGUUCCCCCCUGACCUCUGCAAGCCCCCAGUCUGCAGCCCCUACCCCAGACCAGGGAGCCAAACCUGGUCCUCCCCCUAAAGUGGUCCAUGCGGGCAAACAAGGCAAAUCCAAGAAAGGUGGGGGAAAGGCAGCCCAGCAGCAGCAGCAAGCUUCAAAAGCUGCCAAAGCCAAGCCAGAAGAGGCAGUGGCUCUUCCCAUCCCAGAAAGGGAGGUGAUUCAUCUCUCUGCUGCCCAGGAAGUAGCUCUACCAAAAUGUCCAGCUGAAGACAAGGCUGAUAUGCCUGCCCCUGAACCAUCCAAGGCUGCUGCACCGGUCUCUGCCCCGUCCAGGGCUGAGAUGCCUGCACCUGCCCCACUUAAGGUUGAUACACCCGCCCCUGCCUUGUCCAAGGCUGAUACUCCUGCCCCGUCCAAGGCAGAGACACCUGCCCCUGUGCCGUCCAAGGUUGAUGCACUCGUCCCUGCCCCAACCAAGGCUGAUGCACCCGUUCCCUCCAAGGUUGAUAUUCCCGCCCCUGCCCCAUCCAAGGCAGAGACACCUGCCCCUGUGCUGUCCAAGGCUGAUGCACCCGUUCCCUCCAAGGUUGAUAUUCCCGCCCCUGCCCCAUCCAAGGCAGAGACACCUGCCCCUGUGCUGUCCAAGGCUGAUGCCCCUGCCCUGUCCAAGGCUGAUGCACCCGUUCCCUCCAAGGUUGAUAUUCCCGCCCCUGCCCCAUCCAAGGCAGAGACACCUGCCCCUGUGCUGUCCAAGGCUGAUGCACCCGUUCCCUCCAAGGUUGAUAUUCCCGCCCCUGCCCCAUCCAAGGCAGAGACACCUGCCCCUGUGCUGUCCAAGGCUGAUGCCCCUGCCCUGUCCAAGGCUGAUGCACCCGUUCCCUCCAAGGUUGAUAUUCCCGCCCCUGCCCCGCCAAAGGCUGAUGCUCCUGCCCCAACCAAGACUGAUGCAUCCGUUCCCUCCAAGGUUGAUACUCCCGUCCCUGUCCCAUCCAAGGCUGAUGCACCCGCCCCUGCCCCAUCCGGGGUUGAUGUCCUUUCCAAUGUUGAAGCACAUACCCUGUCCAAGGCUGAUACUCCCGCCCCCUCCAAAGUUGCUGCAGCCCCCACCCAAUUUAAGCUUACUACCCAGUCUGCUGCACCUCCUCCAAUUUCCUUUGCUGCAGCCGUCGCCUCUGGUCUUCCCAAAACUGCCCCUACCACCCCCAGCUCAAAUGUAGCCCCAACUGAAUCCAAGCCUGCUGCAGCUGCUAUGCCCCAGCAACAAGCAUCUACGCUUGCACCUGCUGCUGCUGCUCCUGCAGAUCCCAAAUCCAAAGAUAAAACCGCUCCUCCCACAGCCAGCCCUGUAAUCCCAGAGCUAGCUGCCGACUCCGGCACCGAACCCCCGAAGAUUGUUCCAAAAGAGAUCAAAGUUAAGGAGGUCAAGUUUGCGGCAAUUCCCCCGCCUGCUAAGGAAGCUAGCCCUGCACCCAGCGAGAAGCCUGCCUCCAAAAAGGCAGCCGCUGUGGCCCAGCCUUGCACUGCUGCUCCUGCUGUUGUUGCCCCUGCUCCUGUCUUCCCUGCUGCUGCUCCUCCUCCUCUUUCCUCCUCUGCCCCUGUCCUGCCUCAACCUCCUGUGGCGGCUGCAGUGCCUGCCGCCCCCUCCUCUUCCCUGAGUCCUAAGCCAUCUUCGUCUCCAUCUGCUGCAGAAAAAGCUCCGUCUUCUGCCCCCCCUCCAGCCCCCAAACCUGCCCCAGCUCCAGCAUCUACUCUUCCUCCUCCUGCUGCUGCUGUCGUGGAUGACGAUGAAGACCUGCCACCCCUCAUUCCCCCCGAAGAGCCAACCCCUGAGAUUGACUUCCAGCCCCCCAUCCUGGUAGAGAUGCCCAAAGCAGCUGCUCCUGCCACCCCCAAACCAGCCCCGGUUAAAGCUCCCGCCAAGCAGGAGCCUGUGAUCAAGAAUGACAAGGGGUCUGGCACGGAGUCCGACAGUGACGAGUCCGUGCCUGAUCUUGAGGAACAGGACUCCACGCACACGCAGCAGGCACAGCUUGCUGCAGCUGCCGAGAUUGACGAAGAACCAGUCAGCAAAGCAAAACAGAGCCGAAGUGAGAAGAAAGCACGCAAGGCCAUGUCCAAACUGGGGCUUCGCCAGGUCACAGGGGUAACCAGGGUCACUAUCAGGAAAUCGAAGAACAUCCUGUUUGUCAUCACGAAACCAGACGUCUACAAGAGCCCCGCGUCAGACACCUACAUUGUGUUCGGAGAGGCCAAGAUUGAAGAUCUCUCCCAGCAGGCACAGCUGGCAGCCGCAGAGAAGUUCAAGGUCCAGGGAGAAGCAGUUUCAAACAUCCAAGAAAACACACAGACUCCUACCGUACAGGAGGAGAGCGAAGAGGAAGAGAUUGACGAGACCGGUGUCGAGAUCAAGGACAUUGAGCUGGUAAUGUCCCAGGCGAACGUGUCUCGAGCGAAGGCUGUCCGUGCACUGAAGAACAACAACAACGAUAUUGUUAAUGCUAUUAUGGAGUUGACGAUGUAAACGUCUGAGGAGGAGAGAGCUGUGGGUUAUUUGAGGUCUUGCUGUUGUAGCUACAAAUAACAUUUGUACAAUUUAUACUGAGGAGAUUUAAUAAAGCUGUGGAUUGAUGCGAUGGAA